AUGCCAACUACAUCUACAAUCAAGGCACCAACUACAAUACCAUCUACAAGCAUAAUGUCAACUACAUCUACAAGCAAGGCACCAACUACAUCUACAAGCAAGUCACCAACUAAAUCUACAAGCCAGUCACCAACUAAAUCUACAAUCAAGGCACUAACUACAAUACCAUCUACAAGCAUAAUGCCAACUACAUCUACAAGCAAGACGGCCAAUUACAACAGCCUCUACAAACCAACUACAACAGCCUCUACAAGCAAGGCACCAACUACAACAGCCUCUACAAACAAGGCACCAACUACAACAGCCUCUACAAACAAGGCACCAACUACAACAGCCUCUACAAGCAAGACACCAACCACAACAGCCUCUACAAACAAGGCACCAACUACAACACCCUCUACAAGCAAGGCACCAACUACAACAGCCUCUACAAGCAAGGCACCAACUACAACAGCCUCUACAAACAAGGCACCAACUACAACAGCCUCUACAAGCAAGGCACUCUGA